AUCAAGGAAAGACGCCUCUUCAUUUGGCUGUUGAAAGUAAAAAUGGAAAUACUAUUGACCUUCUAUUGAAGCAUGGUGUCCCGAUUGACGAUCAAGACAACGACAAAUCCACGCCUCUCAUCCGGGCAAUCAUGCACAAAAACGCGAAAGGGGCACUGACCCUCAUCAAUCGAGGAGCAGAUAUUAAUUCAGUGGAUUUUUUUGGAUGGGGCGUUUUAAUGCAUGCUCUGAGCAAUGACAUGACUGAUAUAGCGGAAACCCUGAUUCAGAAAGGUUGCGAUGUCAAUGCUCAAGCAACGAAGAUGAAAACGGGUUUACACAUUGUUUGCCAGAAUCAUCUCAUUGAUUCAAUUCACCUUUUACUAGAUUACGGAACUAAUGUUAAUAUUCAAGAUGGCGACGGAGACACUCCUUUGAACUUAUACCUAGCCAGUAUACCAAGGGACAAAACUCCGAAUAUGGAAAUAAUUAAGAUGUUUCUGAAAAAUGAAUGUGAUUGGACAAUCGAAAAUAAGCAAAAACAAUCUGCAAUUCAUUUUGCGCUUCGGUUGGGUAAAGAUGGUCUUGAAAUUGUAAAACUGGCGAAACAAACAGGAUUUUGUUCACCGGCUCUACUGUUAUCUGUGGCACAAGACCCUAGAAUGGUGAAAGUGUUUGAAAAAUAUCCUGAAACAAAAAGAUUUGUUGAAGAGAACUCUGGUGGUACACUGUAAUAGAAAUGCUAUAUAUAUAUAUUGAAUCGACUUUGAAAAUCAAAGGAAACUCACACGGAAAGUGUUUUCCGUAGAUUUCAAUAAUCUGGU